AUGCCUUCCGCACGCACAAACCAACCGACCAUCGUUCACUCACGGCCUUCCACGGCCAAGAAGGAGCGUGUGGUCGGCUUCUACGAGGACCCCGUCGACUCUUUCUCCCGUCCUGUCAACACUGCUGAGAGCUGGGCCGCCUACCACUUCGAGAUGCACGCCAGGAAGUGUGCUUACUGCCACAACCCCUACGAAGUCCACCGCAACCACGAGCAACUCUGCGAGGUCGGUCACGGCCUAGCCCAACAAGUGGCCCGCUACAUCUACCAAAAGUCGGACGGAGCCACCUACUCAACUGUCGAGGAAGACAACAAGCUCGUCCGUGUAGAGAUCCCAGCCGGUUACGUUGAAGUCUGCAGCCUCCUCAAGGCCAUUGAGCGCAGCAUCCGUCACCGAUCCCGCAAGCCAUUUGUCUCCAUGGACCGCAGCUACUACGUUGCUCCCCGCACAGCACCCGCCUCUCCCCGACGAAGCCACUCCGUCAAGGUUGACCAAGAAUCAAAGACCAAGACAAAGUCAUCAUCACGAUCACGCAACGGUGAGAUCGUCGACUGGCCACAGCACAGCACCAGCCGACCAAAGCGACCACUUGCCGAGAUUAGCAACACUCCCAGCUCCAAGCGCGGCUCCCUCUACGAGGAGGACCUGGCUAAGCAGUGCCGAGCUGCAAAGCACUACGCUGUCGAGGUCCGCGAGCCAUCGACACGGGACCUUCGCGAGCACCGGUCGUCUGGCUACUACCGAUGA